AUGUUUUAUCCGAAUUCCAAUCAACAGCAAUCCUUUCCUGAAUUAGUUGGCCGUAGUGCUCAAGAAGCAGUUGCUUACAUUUCCAGCCGAGGCUUGAAACCGGUUGUUGUUCAAGCUAAUCAACCAGUGACCAUGGAUUUCAGUACAAAUCGCGUUCGUAUUGUGGUCGAUCCAACCGGAAGAACGGUUAUUCAAACACCUAAUGUUGGUUAA